UCGUCCUCUCGUCCUCUCGUCCUCUCGUCCUCUCCCCUCGACCCUCGAUUGAUUCCAUUUGCACCUCAUCAAUAUCACCAUCAUCAUCAUCAUGCAAAAUAUUGACAACUCGGCCGAGGAGGAAGCCGUCAAGGAUGAAGCUCGAGAGUUCAUGACGGGCCUCACAGGCUCGGGCGGUGGUGGUGACACGCCUAUGGGUGCUCGUUCCAGCAAAGGAGCCGAGAUUGUUGGUCGGUGGAAGGCUGCCUACAAGAACAACGAAAGCUUCUCAUGGGAUAAUGAUGACAUGAUGUGGUCAUCCUUUUGGAAAAUGUCUUACGACGAGGCGGAUUCCAAUGAGAAUUUGGAAGAUACCAUUGCCAUUGUUACAACGCUGUUGAGUCAAGACGGCAUGAAGACGCCAACGAUGCACGCCAAUUGCUUUGCUGUCAUUCAUACUCUGGAAAAUUUGGAAAUUGAAGGCCUCUUUCUGUUCAAUGGACCGGAUCCGGAAGAACUGUUUGGCGCCAACAGCGAGACGAGUUGGUAUACAUGGUCGCAACUCGGGCCAGAAGCGACCGAAUUGGUGAAGAAUGCAGUGACAGAAUUGCUACGGCCUGUGGAUGGCAAGCUCAGUGGCAGGGCCAUCAAAGAUACACAAGUGUAUUGAUUGUGCCACAGACACAAUUUGCCGUCAGCUGCACAAUCAACAGUGCCAUUUAGAUUCGAUUCGUGUGCCCCCGCUACCUCAAAAUCAAUCACAUCCAGUGCUGCAUUUCCCGUGGCAUUGUACGUUAGUUUGUCGUCGAGGGAGUUGGAAUGCCGUCUACGGUAGCGCAUAGCGUACCAGGUAUUCUGGCGCAUGACACGUAUCUUCUCGCAGAACUGCUAUGGUACUAGAGUUAAAACGUUAUCCCCUUUCAGGUUGCUCUUUCCUUACCCGGACCCAAAAGGCAACGAGAAUGAUAAAUCAUGAUCAAUCUAAGCCUCGAACCACUAUCACGGACCUCAUUGACAAUCACCAUGGAUUGGCGUCCACGAAGGUAGGCGGAGGAACGGCGCAUCAUCUUGGGUAUGGUCGUUGUUCUUGGUGAGUAGAGAAGCCCUAACAAGUCAUACAAAGUAGAUUCGAUUCGAUUAAAAAGAAACCGGCCAAAAGGUGAUCAGCAUCCAGAUACCACUGACAGGAGACGGGAGCUGAAGGAACUGGUUGUUGCGAAAAUGACGGUUUGACUAACUGGACUAAAGGAAGUACAGUACCGGUACAUGUAGUCAUACUAGUAGUAGAAGAAUAACAG